GGGAAACGAAACCGUAAGAGGGAAAACAUAUCGGUGUCGGAAAGUUUUGAAAAAACAACUCUUUAAGAAGUACUAACAAGAUAUGAAGGUCUACAUCUGGUUUCCUAAAGGGGACCUUUAUGGUCACGCUUCUCUAGAACUCUCCAACGGAAAGUACAUAAGCUGGUGGCCGGACGAAGAAAAGGACAGAAAACUGCUAACAGUUUUCGGAUCAAGUCAUAAAUCCUUUGAGGAUGACGUCAAGACAAAAAAGCGAGAUCCUGAUAAAAUAUUCAACCUUGAUCACCUUAAGUACGACGAAGAAAACAUCGAAGACUGGUGGAUCGAAUGGAGCGACAGAGGGAGGUAUUUCAUGCUUGGUACCAACUGCUGCUGGGUUGUCUACAAAGCUUUACGAUUUGGCGGAGCUCCCCUCAGUCCUAAACUGAUCUGGACCCCGUAUAUUCUCAACCGUUAUUUGAAAAAAGUGAGAAAGAGGAUUUGGCCUGUGUUUGGUGUAUUUUUCGAAUGAUCUCUCAUUUGAAACAUUUUUGGAGAGGCGGUGUAAAGACAGACUGAGAGCUUAAUGGCGCGAAUAAUGAUUCCCCCAAAAUAAAGCUUU